AUGAAGCUUGCUUAUUUCGCCCAAUUUAGGAAGAGCACGACCCGCACGAUCGAGGAGCUCACAAUCACCAUAACCGACAUGGAAGUCAAAUACAAGUCAGAGCUCAGCCGCCUGAAGAAGAAAUAUGAGGCCACCAUUAAUGAGCUGGAGAUCAAUCUCGACAUUGCCAACAAGGCCAAUGCCAAUCUGCUCAAAGAUAAUAAGAACCUGGCCCAGCGAGUGAAGGAUCUUGAACUGCUGUUGGAAGAAGAACGCCGAAAUCACGAAGCCACUCAAGGCAACUUACAGGUACGCUAUUUUGAAGCACACAGCGGCCGGAUAUGUUACCCAGCACCGUGUAAUGUAGUACAGCAUGAUGUUACGCUGCACAAUAAGGCGGCGUCCGCAUAA